AUGAAGACUGAAGAGUUCAAUUACAAUGCUGAGUCGAGAAUCGUCCCAGACGAUCCCUUUGAGCUGCGUGGCAAAAGCCGCGACAGCGCCAGGAUGAUCGUGCUCGACCGCUCUACGGAGAAGAUUACGCACGCCAUGUUUUCAGACAUUUGCCAGUACCUCCGCCCCGGCGACCUCCUGGUACUCAACGACAGCUACAUGCUCGCAAACAUCCUGUGCUUCCAGCACGGCGAUCAAUCGACCCAGGUGGCCCUGUACGGCCACGACCCCGACGGCACGACUCUUGUCGGUCUAUUCGGGUGGCCGUUGGCUGAGCCGGCCAUGACCCUGACGUCAAAGGACAACGGCCGGCUCACCUGUACCCUGCUGGAACCGCUGCCCGACAAGCUCUGGAAGGCAAAGUUCGAACCGUUGGAGCUGGUCACGCCAACGCUGGUCGAAUUCGCCGUGCGAAUCGACGAGGUGGAACAUCCCAACUGGGAGCCCUGGAAAUCGGCGCCCCAAGCCUACCGCUCUGUGUACGCCAGCACACCCGGGUCGUUCAACAUCCCCUCGGCUGGGCUUCACUUCUCCAGCAAGCUGCUGGCCGAGGUCGUCGCCAACGGAGUCGAGGUCGCCAACAUCACGCUGCACGUCGGGGCGACGGAGAUCCUCGCAGUUCGCUACAUCAGCGAGCAGGAGAUUGAGAACCACAAGGUCCGGUCCGAGUACUUUGAAGUCGGAGACGAGGCGGCCGCCCAAAUCAACCGAGCGCUUGCCGAGGGGAGGCGCAUCGUGGCCGUUGGCACGACCGUCAUGAGAACCCUCGAGACACUGGGGGCCCAGCAGGAGCCCGGAGCGCCUAUUCGGGCCCAGUCCGGGUGGACGGAUCUCUACAUAUAUCCCGGGUUCAGAUUCAAGCUGGUCGACGUGUUGCUGACGAACCUUCACCAGCCGCGGUCCAGCCACAUCGUGCUCACGGCGGCCUUUGCUGGAAAAGAGCUGGUCAUGCGCAGCUACGCCGAGAUGACUGACGGUGGUGAAUACGAGUUUGAUCUGUUCGGGGACAGCAUGCUCAUCGUGUAG